AUGGCCACAGGAAAGCUGAAACUCACAUUCAUAGCCAACGAUUCUCAAAGAAAAACAGUAUGCAAGAAAAGGAAGCAGUCACUGCUGAAGAAAACGGAGGAACUCAGCACCCUUUGUGGCAUUGAAGCAUGUGCUAUAGUUUAUGGCCCCAAUGAUCAUCGGCCAGAGAUCUGGCCAUCUGAAUCGGGUGUCAAAAAUGUACUGGGAAAGUUCAUGAACAAGCCACAAUGGGAGCAAAGCAAAAAGAUGAUGAACCAAGAGAGUUUCAUUGCACAAAGUAUCAUGAAGAGUAAAGACAAGUUACAGAAAGUUGUGAAGGAAAACAAGGAGAUUGAAAUGUCCUUGUUCAUGGCUCAGUGCUUUCAGACAGGUAUGUUUCAGCCUGAUAUCAAUAUGACCGCAGCUGAUAUGAAUGUUCUUUCAUCGGAGAUUUAA